AUGAAACUCAAUCCUGAUUCUUUGGAGGAGCUCUAUAGUAGCUUACGCAACAUAACUGGCGAUGAUGUGGAACUUUUUGAAGAUAAAAUCUCAAAAUUUAGUACUAAUGUUAAUACUGAUGAAGCUGUAAAUAAAGAAAUAAAGGACACAUUUUUAGGCUUAUCGAAUGAAUUGUCUUGGGGAUUAUUAGAUGUAGUUCAAAGCGUUCCAAAUAUUAACUUUUUAGAUGAUAUCAAUAACGAAAAAUCUGAUUAUGAUUAUAAACAAUUUUUAAAUGUACCUUCUGUUUUAAACAGAACAUCUUACAGAUUUAAGAGGAAGGGUAUUGAUGGUAAAAUUAAUUCUUAUAAAGAAGAAGUUAAUUUAGCCGAACUGGAAAAUGCCAAUGCCUCCAAUUCUCUUUCAUUAAAAAGAUCUAUUAAUACUCAUGGUAACUUAGUUAGAGGCUCGACUGCUCAAUUGCCUUUUACACCCGGUGGAUUAGUUAUGGAUGAAAUGGAGAAAGUUGAUACUGAAGUCUCAGCCUUGUCUAAUAGUGUAAAAUUACUUCAUAAAGAUGCUGAUGGUCUAUUUGAUGUUCCUCAAGGUUUCCAAAGAGGUAUUAUUUGUUCAGAAAAUAACUCCAACACUGAGGAAAAUCUUUUUACUAAUUUUAAAAAAAUUGAUAUGAUUGAUAAUGAAGUUGUUAAUAGAAAAGAAUUAGAGGAGAAGCAACAAAAAAUUGAUGAUGAAAUCAACGAAAAAACAGAAUUGGAAGUUUACAGAAAACCAACUGAACUGGCCAAUACAGAUAUUGAUGACAUUUUACCUAUGGGCAUAGCUUUUGGUAGAAUCAAGAAUAGAAAUAAUAACUUACUUCAGAAGAAGGAAUGGGCUCACGUAAUAGAUCUUAAUCACAGAUUAGAUAACUUCAGCGAAUUAGUACCUAACCCAGCAAGAAUAUGGCCAUUUGAGUUGGAUGUUUUUCAAAAAGAAGCUAUUUAUCACUUAGAACAAGGUGAUUCUGUUUUUGUUGCUGCACAUACAUCUGCAGGGAAAACUGUUGUUGCAGAAUAUGCAAUUGCUAUGUCAAAGAGAAAUAUGACUAAAACAAUAUAUACAUCGCCAAUUAAAGCAUUAUCAAAUCAAAAAUUCAGAGAUUUUAAGGAAACUUUUGAUGAUGUUGAAAUUGGUUUGAUAACAGGUGAUGUUCAAAUCAAUCCAGAUGCUAAUUGUUUAAUUAUGACAACAGAAAUCUUAAGAUCAAUGUUAUAUAGAGGUGCUGAUCUGAUUAGAGAUGUAGAAUUUGUUAUUUUCGAUGAAGUUCAUUAUGUGAAUGAUCAAGAUAGAGGUGUGGUUUGGGAAGAAGUCAUUAUUAUGCUUCCACAGCAUGUUAAAUUUAUAUUGUUAUCUGCUACCGUCCCAAAUACAUACGAAUUUGCCAAUUGGAUUGGUAGAACGAAGCAAAAGAAUAUUUACGUCAUAUCAACACCCAAAAGACCGGUCCCUCUUGAAAUUAGUAUCUGGACUAAAAAUGUAUUAGUACCUGUAAUUAAUCCAAAAAGAGAAUUUUUAGAAUCAAAUUUUAAGAAACAUAAGAAUCUUAUUGAAGGCACUACUUCUGAUAAAGUACAAAAGACUUUAUCGCAUAGUAAAGAAAAUUCUACACGAGGAGGUGCCAGGGGAGGUGCCAGGGGAGUUUCUAGAGGAGGGACCAGAGGAAGUAUGAGAGGAGGUUCGAGGGGAGCUGGCGCGAUUGGUUCAAAUAAGAGUCAAUUUUUCAAAAGGAGUGGUCCAAAUAAAAAGACAUGGUCAGGAAUUAUUGAUUAUUUAAGAGGUAAAGAUUUAUUACCAGCCGUCAUUUUUGUAUUUAGUAAGAAACGUUGUGAGGAAUAUGCUGAUUGGUUAGAUGCUGUGAGUUUUUGUUCAAAUAAAGAGAAAUCACAAAUCCAUAUGUUCAUUGAAAAAUCUAUUACACGUUUAAAGAAGGAGGAUAGAGAAUUACCUCAGAUUUUGAAAAUCAGGUCACUUCUAGAAAGAGGUAUUGCAGUUCAUCACGGUGGGUUACUUCCCAUCGUGAAGGAAUUAAUUGAAAUAUUGUUUUCCAAAGGGCUAAUAAAAGUUUUAUUCGCCACUGAAACAUUUGCUAUGGGUCUAAAUUUACCAACUAGGACAGUUAUAUUCAGCGAGCUUCAAAAACAUGAUGUUAAUGGUUUAAGAAGUUUAACCCCUGGUGAAUUCACACAAAUGGCUGGUAGAGCUGGUAGAAGAGGUUUGGAUAAAAUCGGUACUGUCAUUGUGAUGGCAUACACAGAACCACUUAACCAAUCAGUAUUUAAAGAAGUAACCUUGGGUAUUCCAACUAAGUUACAAUCUCAGUUCAAGUUAACUUAUAAUAUGAUUCUUAACCUUUUAAGAAUCGAAGCUUUUAAGGUUGAAGAAAUGAUUAAAUACUCAUUUGGUGAAAAUUUAAAACAAACUUUACAACCAGAGCAUGAAAAGCAAAUUAAACAGCUAACCUCCGAAUUACAGGAUAUUAAACAAUCCUCUUGUAAUACUUGUGCUGAAGAUAUUGAUAAGUUUUUGGACCUUUCUAUCAGUUUGAAAACUGUAACUUCCAACUUAUUUGAAGAAUUGGGAAAGAGCGAAAAAUCUUAUACGGUUUUCAGAGUUGGUAGGUUAAUUGUCUAUAGAGAUGGGGAUGACAAUGCCAAGCUAGGGUUUUUAUACCGUACUAGUAAAGAUAAUGGUGUAGUUGUUUUAACUUUUACAAACCCACAAACUUCUCCAGAUGGAUCUGCAAAUCACUUGCCUUACUUGGAAGGUAAUAAAGAAUUCAAUUCUUCACAUAUCGGCAGAUUUACAUAUUCCCCUUACAUCUUAGAAAAUAUUGCAUUUUCUCAGAUCGAACUUGUCACAAAAUACAUUUUAAGAAUAUCUUUUACUGAUAUAUUUAAUGAAGAAAAAGAAGCAUUAGAAUUACUUGAUAAUGAAAUUAGGACAAUAUUAAGAAUAUCUACAAAGUUAAUGAUAUCAUCCAAUCAAAGCAGUGGUAGCGUAAAAGUGCACCAAUUAUUGUUAGAACAAUCUAAUAUCACAAAACAAAUAUUAACCUGUAAAUGUAUCAAAUGUGCUAAUUUUGCAAGUCAUUAUAAACCUAAGUAUGAUAAAUAUUUGAUUGACUCUAAGAUUAAGAACUUAUACCAUUUGAUGAGUAACCAAAAUCUAACGUUAUUACCAGAAUAUGAAAAUAGAUUGAAAGUAUUACACCGUACAGGUUUCAUCGAUCAGAACCAAAAUGUUACAUUGAAGGGCAGAGUUGCAUGUGAAAUCAAUACUGGAUUUGAAUUAGUAAUCACUGAAUUAAUUUUGGAUAAUUUCUUAGGUGAUUUUGAACCUGAAGAGAUUGUCUCAUUACUAUCUGCAUUUAUUUAUGAAGGUAGAAGUAGAGACGAACCACCUCCAAUUGUAACACCAAGACUAAUAAAAGGUAAACAGAAGAUUGAAGAAAUCUACGGUCGUAUGUUAGAUAUUUUUGCUGAAGAACAAAUUACUAUGACUAAAGAAGAGAGUGAAUUCUUAGAGAUGAAGAGAUUUGGCCUAAUCAAUGUUAUCUACGAAUGGGCUCGUGGGUUAUCUUUCAAAGAAAUUAUGGAGAUUAGUAUUGAGCAAGAAGGUACUGUUGUCAGAGUAAUCACCAGAUUAGAUGAAAUUUGUAGACAAGUGAAGACUGCAGCAAUCAUCAUUGGUAACUCAGGUUUGCAUUCAAAGAUGUCACAAGCACAAGAAUUAAUCAAAAGAGAUAUCGUGUUUGCUGCUAGUUUGUAUUUAUAA